UGGGUCACAUGUCACAGCAGUAGCCUAUAACAGGCUUACCAGGAAUGUUGAAAACUCUCAAUUAGCAAUUGUGCCUGCAGCAUAGCUUAUUAGACUAUAGCAGGACAAUUAGUUUUCUUUUCUCAAAUGUUUCAUUUAUUGCAUCUGACAACAAUGGAUUAGAUAUCAAAAUGUGGAGGACAAACCAGCACAUUAAAACUCAAUUAUGAGUUCUGAGUUCUGCCUUAGGUUCUGCAUGGAUUCAGUUGAGACGUAAGGAAUAUUGUCAGAAAAAAAUAAACAAACUCUCCCCUCACGUGUUAUUUCCGGAAAACCCACAAGCCCUCAAGUGAAAGAGGAAGUCUCCUCUGAACCAGAGCAGAUCUCUUCUGUUCCACACUCCACGAGGGCUGAACUGUACAAACCGCUCUGCAAAGCACAAUGAAUAACACAUCUUGUCCGCGGCUCAGCUUUAACUCAUUAGGUUUUCUGCCUCCUGUUUACAUCUUAGUCUUUAUCGUUGGUAUGGCAGCUAAUGGAUGGGGAUUGAAGUUUUUGCUGCAGAACUGGAAGAAAAUGGGUAACGUCAAUAUUUUUGUUCUAAACCUCGGACUUGCAGAUUUUCUGUAUCUGCUGACAUUACCAUUUUUGGUGUCAUAUCACCUCAUGAAGAGCAGAUGGAUCUUUGGAAACGUCUUCUGCAAGAUAACCUGAUUCUGCUUCAACCUGAAUUUAUAUGGCAGCAUUGGGUUCCUUACUUCUAUCAGUGUGUACAGGUACUUGGCCAUCGUCCAUUCAUUGAGAGCCAUGGGAAGAAUAACUGUCGCCCACUCUGUAGGGAUCUCGCUCAUGGUUUGGCUGUUUGUGGGCGUUCAAAGUCUUCCAGACAUGUUCUACAGCAAAACAGAUGCAAACAGGACGGGAAAAUGCCACGACACCACCAAUGACUAUCAGGUGGAGGAUUACCUGAGAUACAACCUCGGAAGGACUCUCACUGGGUUCUUUAUCCCAUUCCUGAUCACGCUGGGCUGCUACGGACAUGCGAUUCUUCAUCUCUGCCGCAGAAAAACCACCGACGAGGCGCUGAAACGGAGAUGCUUGAGGCUGUUGUGCAUCUUGAUUCUCCUGUUCGUCGUUUGCUACGUCCCACAUCACGUAUUCAAGAACCUGAACCUCUGGUCGAGGGUUCUAAACAAACGGAAGAUGUGCUUGGGUUGGUUCAAUGGAGUCUACAUCGCUCAUCAGAUAAGCCGUGGCCUCGUGUGCCUGAACAGUGCCCUCAACCCGUUGGUUUACUUCCACGCGGACGAAGACCUUCCCGCUCGGCUCGGAUCAAGACUGCAGGGAGGUCGUCGGAUGAUCCGCCGCAGGUUUGGACUCUUUGGACUGCCCGUUGGCCAAAACACAUGCCAAGUUUAGAGCACGAGAAUUUGGUGUUUAAUGUGUUACAAAAAAUAGAAUGAUAUACGGUGGCAUUCUGAAACAUUUGCGGUACAUUACGUUAAUAUUUGUGUCAUGCUAUUUUUAAGGAAGGCUUUCUUAUUUUGGUUUUUAGUACUUUUUUUUUCAUAAGACAAAGGUAACUUACUUGGUAACUAAGUUAAUUAUUGGUCUGUGGGGUGUCUGCGAGUCAAUUUAAAUCAAAUCAAGGGAUUCAUGUAUAUAUCACCAAGGUGUAUUUCAUCCCAUCUAGUUUUCAGGUCAAGCAUUUAGCCACACAAAGCAAAUGUUUGGGGUGAGAAUUUAAUAAAACGUGUGUUUUUUGUAAAUGAAUGAAUAAUAAAUUAACAAAUAUAAACAUUAAUCUUGAAAAUUCAAUAAGUUACUUUCUUUUCAUCAACUGAAAAAAGUAUAUAUUAUUAUAUAUCCAACAAGUAACAUAUCAAUACAUUUAAAUGAGCCCAUUAAUAAUUCUUAUUCACUCAAAUAAUUGCUGAGUAAUAAAUAU